UGCGGUAACUGUUGGUAACAGAACAAUGAGCUGCGGGCUGGGCUGGCUGGAUAGGAGGUGCUGCUGGCCUCCUGGGUGCCCGGAUGGCCUGGGCCCCUGACCAUCUGGCCCGCGCCUUCAGACACUCAACGCGCGUAGUCAGUGUUCCGGAAACUGCCCUGGAGAUCAGCCUCAGGAUGUUAUUGUUAUUGACUGCAAAUGUCUCUGUAUUUUUGCUCAGUGGAAUGUGGCUUGACAGAUUAAUUAUAUGUUAUCAGGCAGUUGAAGAUCAGCUAAAGAUAUGUGGCCACAAGAGGGAUGCUGAUGUCUUUGAGCUGUUCCUUUCUCAAAAGGAACUGACGGAAGUCAUUGAUCUCUCUAGGUUUAAAAAAUUAAAAUACUUAUGGCUACAUCACAAUAAGCUCCAUGGAAUAACAUUUCUAACUAGAAACUAUUGUCUGACAGAACUAUAUCUAAACAACAAUGCCAUAUUCGAGAUAGAAGGCCUGCACUCUCUACCUUCAUUGCAUAUCCUCCUGCUACACCACAAUGAGCUAACGGACAUUGACGCAACAGUGAAGGAAUUAAAGGGAAUGCUCAAUCUGAAGAGCCUAAGUCUCUACCAAAACCCUUUGUGCCAAUAUAACCUGUACCGUUUAUAUAUAAUCUACCACCUUCCAGGAGUAGAGUUGCUUGAUCGAAAUCAAGUUACAGAGAAGGAAAGAAGAUCAAUGAUCACCAUUUUUAAUCACAAAAAGGCUCAUAUUGUUCAAUCAAUAGCAUUCAGAGGAAAAGUAGAUGCCUCCUGGAAUCCUAGAUCACCGUUUAAGCAAAAACCAGCUCAGAGAAUACCUCCAGAUUUUUCAUUUGCGAAUAAUGUAGACAAAACUGUGUUUGAUGACCCAGAAGAUGCUGUAUUUGUAAGGUCCAUGAAGAGAUCAGCUAUGGCUAUUACCUCCCUCAACUGGGACACAGUUCCAACACGAGAGGAAAAAUACCUUGAUGAGAAAGGCACAGAAUCUGCUCAAAUGCUCACCAUUACACUGAGAUAAACCCUGGUAUCUGUAGAAAGCCUAGUGGUUUCCAGUUCUUCAUUAAACUUCUCUGUGAUUAAGUA